UGUACAGGGAUGGCCAGUGAGUGAGGCUAUUUUAUUGGCGCAGCAGUUGUGAGGCGGUUUUUUCACUGGUUAGACGCGUGUUUGCAAAAGGGUGAAUAAAUUCGCGAGCGAAAUAAACAAACAAUAAAAAAACACACAUCGUAGCUCGGGCGGGUGGUCUCGCGACGGCAAUCACGGCGGCGUGGGUGUGUGAGAACAACAACAACAGCAGCGGCAACGGCGGCAGAAGCAAAACCGGCAACGGCAAUUGUAGCAAUGCAAUCGAUGGUGUGAAUAAUAGCGAUUGCAUGUGAGCUGUUAACAUGACAAAUGAAUAUUUCUGAAUUUUUAAAUGAAUCAAGAUUCCUUUAUGUCGUGAGGCGAAUGAAUUAUCCCCAUGCAUGGUUGGGCGUGUGCUUAUAGUAAAAUCGGUACGACCUGUAUGGCGUUAAUUGGUGAUAUAGAUAAGAAUAAAGUGGAGUUGACUUACGUCAAGUGUGCGAUACUAUCGUGGAUUAUUUGUACGGACCGUAGCUGCUGGGAUAACAAUGACUGACAUGAUUGACCUGAGAAUGCAUCAGCACAUUGCGCAUGAGAUCUACCGGCAGCAGAUGAUGCAAAGGAUUCCAGAUCCUUUCCCAUCGAUGCUGCCGGUUCCGGUGCCGCCGAUGCAUGCGAUGGCCCUACCGCCAAGGUACUCGCUGCCUGGCGUGGAAAUCAAGCUGCAGAACAAGGACCUUUGGCGGGAGUUUCACAAGAUCGGCACCGAAAUGAUCAUCACCAAGUGUGGAAGGCGAAUGUUCCCCUCGAUGCGCCUCACUGUGGACGGACUGGACGCGGACACCAAUUAUUGCGUGCUGCUGGAGAUGAUGCCCAUUAGCGACUGUCGGUUCAAAUUUAGUGGUUCCCAGUGGGUUCCGGCGGGUGGUGCCGAGCCGCAAAGCCCGCAGCGCUUUUGCCUCCAUCCGGACAGUCCCGCCCUCGGCACCCACUGGGCAUCCCAGCCGAUCGUGUUCAACAAGGUGAAGCUGACCAACAACACGCUGGACAACAACGGACAUGUGGUGCUGACCAGUAUGCACAAGUACCAACCAAGGAUACACGUCAUUCGGACAGCGGAUCCCUCGCAAAUUCCCUGGGCCGCUCAGCAAGCGUUCGUCUUUCCCGAGUCCGAAUUCGUCGCCGUUACAGCCUAUCAGAAUGAUCGAAUAACCAAGCUGAAGAUCGAUAACAACCCAUUCGCCAAGGGAUUCCGCGAGACGGGCCAGUCCCGCUGCAAGAGGAAGCUGGGUAGCGGUGGAAGCGGCACCAGCAGCAAUACAUCAACGUCAUCCUCGUCGUCGUCUUUGUCGUCCUCGGGAACAUGUGGCCAGAUGACAGAUGACGAGGAUCGUAACGAUCUGCAACAGCUCCACGAGGCCAAGCGGGUCAGAUCAAACGAGCCGGACCCAUUGGAUGGCCGACUAUUGGAUUCCCGGCUACUGGGAGGAUUAGAUGACGGCUCCGGGGCUGGAUCCGAAGCAGCAUUGCGACUGCAGAUGCACCAUAUGCAGCGACGAUUUCCUCCCGGGUCUUCGGCGGCCGCCGCCGCCGCCAACGAACUACUGAUGCGUCAGUACAAUCAAAUGUUUAACCCCAGCUGGAUGGAUCUGAUGAUACCGUACUUUGCACGACAUCCCUACCAUCCAUCGUUGGGUCCUCAACCGCCACCUCAGAUGAACCAUCCGUUUCUGCCGAUGGUGAGCCAUCGUGAAACGCUACUUCCGGUGCCAACCAGAUCUCCACUUGUAGCGCCACAGAUCUCACCGUCGGAAUCGGAUCGGUCGUCGGCGUUUAGCGUGACUUUUCCACCGUCGGAUGAUCAAUCGACGGUGCAACUGUCACCUGUUCAGUCGGCUGUGGCGACAGGGUCACCUCUGAGAUCGCCUCCUUCCGGUGGGUUCGCCGGCAAUGACUCCAGGGAAGAGAACAACGAGGAUAACAAAAAGGUGAAUUUCAGUAUUGCUUCCAUUUUGCUGCUGUAGUGAUGUGUGAUAUUUGACAAAUGUAAGAUACAACCUCGUGUUAGUGUAUUUAUGAAGUCUUUAGGGCAACUAAUAGACAUGUGCCUGUGGAGGUUACGUCCAAGUAUUUAGAUUUUGUAUAGAUA